UACUUUAAAAUCUUAGAAUAUUCUCCGAACCAACUUUUGUAAAACAUGUAAAGAACCGAAAAUUCUUAUAUUAUAUACUAAUUAUAAUAAAAAAUACAAUUUUAUUAGAAUGAGGAACAAUUCCGGUUCUUUAGAGUCUUACUCCAUGAACAGAACUGUUAGCAAUAGUUCUUAAUUUCUUUGAACCGAAAUCUUACCAUCCUUCCAAAAAAACAAACCAAACAGUCUGAUUUUGAUUAGUCCGGUCCGGUCCAUCAGUCUUUUUGAACACCCCUACUUGUAAUCUUGGAAAAACAGGUUGGCUGAAAUGUUAAAAUAUGCUUCUCUUGUUAAAAGUAUAUAUCUCAUUGAAUAUCAGAUUUGGGAGGAGAUUCAUUCUGGAAAGGCUGAGGAGGACAGUGCAGUACUUUCAAGGCUGAAUUGGUAUCAGCAGCGUGUAAUGAGUGGCGUAGCUCAAGCGCAACGGCAGAUGUGCCGCUUUUUUGGGUCUUUUUUGAUUGAAAUUCACAUGCUACUAUCAAGCAUCUGAAGGACUGGGAUUCCUACCAACAUGAUUCCCAUAAGUUUCUUUUUGGCUUUUACGACCCAUGUCAUCUUCCAAGUAACCCUGGUUGGCCUCUUCACAACUUUCUUGCUCUUAUUUGUUCAAGAUGGAAUCUCGAAAGGAUUCACUUUUUUUUGUUGUCAUGAGAAUCGUGGUUUUGCUGAUCUGAGCUUGUCCCUCAUUGGUGAAGCCUUGAUAUCAGUUUCACAAGGAUGGAAAGAUAAUCAACAUAUUCCUAAUGCCGUGGAAUGGGAACUUAAUAGAGGGAAGAAGGUACCCAGGUGUAUUAGCCUUGCUAAAUCCAUUGAUCCAACUAGGUUAGCAAUAUCGGUUGCUGAUUUAAAUUUAAAACUAAUGAGAUUGUGUGCUUUGCCGCCUUUGAACAUAAACAUCUUAUCUGUAGAGUGUCUUCUCUUAGGGGCAGGUACACUUGGAUGCCAGGUUGCUCGCAUGCUUAUGGUGAGUGAAUAAGAAUUUAGCAUUGUUAAAUGUGUUUUGGAUUGGUUUAUGUAUUGCAAUGCUAGUACUAUAAAUGCAAGUUGCAGUGUACAGGUUCAUGAUACGAAGUUGAAUUGUCAAUAUGUAUUAAAGUUAGGCCAUCUCCAACCGUUCACUAAAUCCAACAUCAAAUUCAAAUUUGAUGAAAAAAAUGUGCUUUUUGUGCUCCAACGGUUGCACCAAAGCAGUAUCAAAUUGAGAAAACAUCAAAUGUUUCACCAAACUGAGAAUGGCUUGCCCCUUUCACCAAUUCACUGUGCAUAGUUGUUGAGUUGGACCCACUGGACGUCCGACCGGAUGUCCUACCGGAUGAUCCCUUUAAAGCAGAAAUUUGUGAAAAUUUUACACUACGGGGUCGACCACCCAGUCGACCACCCGGAUGUCCCACCGGAUGACCCCUUUGAAGUAACAGAAAUGAUUGAAAUUUGCUCUUACCGAUCAACCGGCCGAACGACCCUCUCUGUUUGAUG